AAAAAUAUUGUAAUAAAAUCUGGAAGAGAAAAUUUUGAUCAUACGGUCCCUUUUUCGCGUCGAUCCUGGGAGAGCGCUCUCCCCUCUACAUACGAUAACACGAACUAGAAGUUCGCCAUAUCGUCGGGAGUGUUAGUGAAUACGACACGAUUUAUCACGAGGAACAACGAGGACGGAUUCACGGAAAUGCUGUUCUUGUCGAUGUGACAUCCGUGGAAUCGUGCGACAGUUUAUUCAAAUUGUGAAACAUACGACACUCGAUCAAACAACGGAUAACACAAAAACGAUUUCACAAUAUGGAGGAAUUAUUGGAAGAAAAAAGGAAAUAAAGACAGAAUCUAUUGUUGCCGCUGAUAAAAUAGAAUAACAAAAGGAUCAGAAGUAACAGCUGCAGAGAAGAAGAAACAAAUAGAAUGCAAUAGUCCCUCUACCACAAAAUCGAAGAAACCUGUCGCAAAGAUCAAGACGAAGAAAACUAAAAAUGUUGGUCAAUCUAGUUACGAUCCCACGAAGCUGGAAGACAGUUCAGCUCAGGUGUUGGAACGCUUUAAAAGAGGCUGCGAGUGUGUUGACGAUCAGUGCUUCAAAGAUUUAAAUCCCGACAUAGUUUAUCGGCACAGACUGAACAUUGCAGAACUGACUAAAGCCGAGCACGACAUGUAUUUAAUGGGCGUGACAAUGGCUUGCUUGACGGAUCCUUAUCAAACUGUUCGACAAACGGAACGACGUAGAUUACGCACACAAUAUGUUUACCAGGGUAGGAGAGUGUGUCUGGACGCGUUUCUGUACUUACAGAACUGCACGCACUAUCAAAUCAAACGGAUCAGGAAACAUCUAAUGACGCAUGGCGUAACGCCUCGCGUACACGGCAAUCAUGGCAAGAUUCCGCACAACACGUUCUCGCUGGACAUAUAUAAGAUUGCCACAAAGUUCUUGAAGAACUUCAUCGAAAUGCAAGAGGCCAAGCAGAAGACCAAGCUCGUCAAGAACGCGCCGCUCCAUUUACCGCCGGAUAUCACGCGCAAAACGGUGCACGAAAUGUACACGCAGUACUGCAAAGAAAUGUCGCCCGACGUCAAGAGCAUGGGCUACUCGACAUUUCGGCGGUUCAUGAAAGUGCAGUUCCCGCAGGUGAAGUUUGCCAGACUGGAAUUUGUGGUGAGAAACCAGACCACGCAGAGUCAUUGCCAGACGGAACCCGAUCCGAGGGACGACACGGGCCAACAGACAUCGCCCAAGUCGAAGCUAGAGGCGGAAGGUAGCAGGAUAUUGCCGUUAGUGAUAACCAAUACUUUACGGCAGAACGAGACUUACGUGCUGACACCAAUCAGUAAACUACAGGACGGCAUAAGUUAUCAAGUUACCACUCGCGGAUUGGUAGUUGAUAAUCCUACUACUGUCACAUUGAAAACGGAGUAGCAUAAACCAGAAGACUGCAUGUAACUUUAUACACAAUGAUACAUAUAUGUAUAUGUGAAUGUGAUAUACGCCUAUAUUAUAAAGGUAAGGUUCUAAUUUCUUGGCACUGUGAGCUAUGAGAGACCAAUAAUAUAUUACAUAUAUGCUAUUACAUAUAUGCUAUUAGAUAUUUGUGCAGACAAAUAAUAGAAACAUUUUAUAUAAGUAUGAAAAGUGAAAAGAUAAUAUACAAUUCUCUAAAAUAAGAACAAUAUACAAAAAUUAUUGUAAGAUCGUAAGUUGUAUUAUAUUAGAGAUAUAAUCUUGUUAUUGUCUAUCUGCUAUUGUAUUAUUCAGAUUGGAUCAGUAAGUUAUGUUAUAUUCAAAGUCCAUAGUUUGAAUCUAAUUGCACUGAAUAUUCUAUUCCAAUAUUGACCAUUACAAAGCACUUAGCGAGAUACUCGUAAAUUACCAUAAUUUUAUAUACUAUUACCAUAGUAUAUAAAAAAACGUUAAUAAAUUUAAAUAAAUAU